CGUCUCCGAGUCGCCGUCGCAGUUGUGCUGAGGCUGUUCACGUACCACACAGCUGAUACCGCCUAGACUAUACGCCAUCGCCGCGUCAUAUCACAGAGAUCAUACCCAGCCACCAGCGACGACGCAGCAUAAAACGCCAUGCGUGCCGCCACCUCAAUCGCACGGAGCGCCCGGCGCGCCAGCCGCCGCUCGCUCGCGACGAUGCGCGACCGCUUGAACGAUUUGGGCAACCAGUUGCCGGGGGGGUUGCCGCAGGGCGGCCCGCCGUCGGGGUUAAUCGGCGCCGUCGCCGGCGUGAGCGCGGUUGGGUACGUCGGGUAUAACUCGGUCUUCACGGUCGAGGGCGGCCAGCGCGCGGUGUUAUGGAGUAGGGUCCAGGGCGUCAAGCCUGCCGUGUAUGGGGAGGGCAUGCACCCGCGCAUUCCGCUCAUCGAGUACCCGGUUCACUUUGACGUCCGCACAAGACCUAGAAAUGUCCAGUCGCUGACGGGGUCCAAAGAUCUCCAGAUGGUCAACGUUACUUUGAGAGUCUUGUUCUACCCGAACAAGCAGGAAUUGCCCUGGAUCUACACGAUGCUCGGCCACGAUUACGACGACAGAGUAUUGCCUUCGAUCGUCAACGAGGUCACGAAGGCCGUCGUCGCGCGCUACAACGCGUCUGAAUUAUUGACGAAGCGCGAGGCGGUCUCGAACGAGAUCAGAUACGCUUUGACGAAACGCGCCGCGGAUUUCAGAAUUGUCCUCGACGACUUCGCCCUAACUCAUCUGAGCUUCUCGAACGAGUACACGGCGGCCGUCGAGGCGAAGCAGGUCGCCCAGCAGGAGGCCGAGCGCGCGCGCUACGUCGUGGAGAAGGCCAUCCAGGAGAAGAAGAGCAUCAUUGUGAAGGCCGAGGGCGAGGCCGAAAGUGCCAGACUGGUCGGCAAGGCCAUCCAGGACAACCCGGGCUUCGUGAAGCUGCGCAAGAUCGACACGGCGAAGGAGAUCGCGACGACGGUGGCGCGGAACCAGGGCAAGGUCUACCUGAACUCGGACUCGCUCCUCAUCAAUGUCUUGGGAGAGAAGAACCUCGCCGACGACGAGACGAAAAAGGGGCGCGGCGGGUGGGGGCGCUGAUCUUUCGCUGGUGGUGUAACUUGGAAUACUAGU